AUGCUUCAGAAGAACAGUACUACUACUACUACUACUACUACUACUACUACUACUACUACUACUACUACUACUACUACUACUACUACUACUACUACUACUACUACUACUACUACUACUACUACUACUACUACUACUACUACUACUACUACUACUACUACUACUACUACUACUACUACUACUACUACUACUACUACUACUACUACUACUACUACUACUACUACUACUACUACUACUACUACUACUACUACUACUACUACUACUACUACUACUACUACUACUACUACUACUACUACUACUACUACUACUACUACUACUACUACUACUACUACUACUACUACUACUACUACUACUACUACCACUACUACUACUACUACUACUACUACUACUACUACUACUACUACUACUACUACUACUACUACUACUACUACUACUACUACUACUACUACUACUACUACUACUACUACUACUACUACUACUACUACUACUACUACUACUACUACUACUACUACUACUACUACUACUACUACUACUACUACUACUACUACUACUACUACUACUACUACUACUACUACUACUACUACUACUACUACUACUACUACUACUACUACUACUACUACUACUACUACUACUACUACUACUACUACUACUACUACUACUACUACUACUACUACUACUACUACUACUACUACUACUACUACUACUACUACUACUACUACUACUACUACUACUACUACUACUACUACUACUACUACUACUACUACUACUACUACUACUACUACUACUACUACUACUACUACUACUACUACUACUACUACUACUACUACUACUACUACUACUACUACUACUACUACUACUACUACUACUACUACUACUACUACUACUACUACUACUACUACUACUACUACUACUACUACUACUACUACUACUACUACUACUACUACUACUACUACUACUACUACUACUACUACUACUACUACUACUACUACUACUACUACUACUACUACUACUACUACUACUACUACUACUACUACUACUACUACUACUACUACUACUACUACUACUACUACUACUACUACUACUACUACUACUACUACUACUACUACUACUACUACUACUACUACUACUACUACUACUACUACUACUACUACUACUACUACUACUACUACUACUACUACUACUACUACUACUACUACUACUACUACUACUACUACUACUACUACUACUACUACUACUACUACUACUACUACUACUACUACUACUACUACUACUACUACUACUACUACUACUACUACUACUACUACUACUACUACUACUACUACUACUACUACUACUACUACUACUACUACUACUACUACUACUACUACUACUACUACUACUACUACUACUACUACUACUACUACUACUACUACUACUACUACUACUACUACUACUACUACUACUACUACUACUACUACUACUACUACUACUACUACUACUACUACUACUACUACUACUACUACUACUACUACUACUACUACUACUACUACUACUACUACUACUACUACUACUACUACUACUACUACUACUACUACUACUACUACUACUACUACUACUACUACUACUACUACUACUACUACUACUACUACUACUACUACUACUACUACUACUACUACUACUACUACUACUACUACUACUACUACUACUAAAGACAAUAACACCAGGCAUGCACUCAGACAAACAAUUUUGCUUGAAAUUAAGAACUGUUGA